AUGGUCAGCAUGGCAAUCAUGGAGGAUAAAGUCCCUUCUUCUUUCCAAGAACAGGCUGCUGGGGGAAGCUCCUCAUUGAGGCAUUCAGCUUUCUGGUACCCCCGAGCCCCGGACCCAGGCCUCGAUCUCAAUGAUGAUUGUUUCACGGCAACAGAAUCAUCGAAUGCAAAAUAUCAGCCUCUCUGCUGGACAGUGUUUGGAGGUCGCAACGGAUCGUAUCUUCGCAACUUGACAGGACUGUCUGUCACAUGUUCUCCAUUGAUCCGUGGCAUCGCAUUCCACUACGCAGUACAUACUCCAGAGAAGACGGGAACAGUAGGGAAAUUCAGGGCUAGGCCCAACGACAGCGUCACGUAUUUCUCUAUCGACGGGCCCGGUGGAGAAAUAGUCGACACCAUCGAAGUAUUUGUCCAAUGCAGCGGCGGCGAUGCCAUGAGAAUGGUCUAUAACGAGGACAUACUCGUGUCGACGAAUCGCAAACGAUGCUUUCACGUCGGAAAGCACGAAAGCCACUUGUACGGCCAAAUUUCGAAACGAUUGAUAGCCGUCUCUCCAGGGUCUACCAUAACGGGCCUAUAUUGGAGUCAGCAUCUUGGCAGAAUCAUAGCUCUGGGAGCCAUCUCGGAGAUUGUCGGCAUCUAG